AUGCCCUCCGCCCCGUCGGGCGUCUCAUCCCAAUCGAGAAGAAAGCUCAAAGCGUUUGCAUUCGACGAAAGAUUGCUGGCCGCAGACGAAGACAAGGAGAAUCAAUUGGAUCAAAAUCCUGUCCCAAAGUCCAACUCGAUCGACCAUGACCUUACCUGCCAGAACGACUUGCCCGAGCCUAGAGUCCCCCAUACACCCGCAGUGCGCAUUCCCAUCGAAGACCUUAUUGCAAAUACCGAAGACGCAUAUAAUUGCCUUCCACCGGUAGCUACACCGAAAGACCACGUUCUCUGGCAGACAUACCCAGACAGCUCAGACGCCUCGGCAGCGGCUGGUGCUACGCAAAGGAGCAGAAAACGCGCUCACAGUUCUUCACCUUCCUCCUCACAACAACUCUCUGCGCACAAGGAUGCCUUGAAUCUUGAUACCUUGAACAAGUCCCUACGCACUCCCAACAAUGACCCCACGCAAGAUCUAUGGAACAGAUACACAACCGCCAACGGAUUGAAGAAAGAUGCAAGAGAACCCACCUUGCCCCAAUAUGUUCAUUUGCUUCCUUCAUCCCCUCAGACACCGAGUACCACCAGUAAGGACAGCGCCUUAAGACGAACACACAGCUGCGGGGUCGAAUGGCCGACGUCAAUAGCGAAGCGCAGAAGGGUAGAGACGACCCAGCACCACAGCCGCACUAAAGAACUAUUUGCUGCGUCCCGCAAGGAGAUUCUGCGCCGUGAACUUUCCAAUAAUACUCGAGUUGGCCUUCUGCUUGACAGAAUCCAAGAAAGUUUGACCAGGAGGGCUGACGCUACUCAGAGUCCCUCGAGCUCCUCUCCACUUCCAGACAGACGCUCGCAGGCAUUUGUAUCGCCAACCAAGCCCUCGGGCAGGACCAGACUGGAGUCCAGUGGUCCAGCAGGUUCACCUCACGCCCCUCAAAUGGCUCAACCACAAACAGAUGUGACCCCGUCCAAGGAAUCGUCAUCGUUUGAAUUCAGCGAUGAUGGUCUCGAUGUUGAAGCUUUCGAAAGUGUCGAACGGGCCCUUGAACAAGCCGAGGCGAAGGUUCAAAUAAAUCACAUUGAGCCAGAUCGCAAUGGGGACGAUUCGAGCACGCGAUCUAGUGCUCAAUAUCACGGUGAAGUCGGAUCCCUCCAGUUUAAUGGAUCCGAAGAUCAAAGUGAGAGGCAGCGUAACGAGAACAAAGAGCUCCCGCAAUCGGAGACUAUUAGUACAGGAUUUGAUGAAUUUAUUAACGACGAUGACGACGACGAAGAGUUGAUGAACGAGAUGCUUGAUCUUGCUGCAAAGUAUGAUUCGCAGCCGCAGGCAGUGGCAGCAACGCAAGCCUUUGCGAAGCCAACUUCAGGAACCAAUCCACAACCCAAGCAUCUUGAAACGCUCGAUGAGUUUGAAGACGCAUUUGACGAUGAUGAUGAGCUCUGGGAGGACAUCGCAAAUGCGACCUUUGGAAAAAACGGGACAUCAGUCGCAUCCAAGGACCAUAUAUCAAAUGACAAUCGAGCCAUCAAGCGUUAUCUCGUGAUGGAGGUCCUUGAGGGUGACUAUGAGUACAAGCCCGGCCGUAAGAGACCUGAAAAGAUGCUUUCAGUCAAAGACGAGAGAUCAAGCAUGUGCUAUAUUAUCCUGUUACGAGAAUCAUGGUACGAUACCAGAUGUACCAAAGGAUCUUACGUUCACCUCAUCGGUAAAUUUGAUCGCACGGGCCAAUGCAUCGUCAAUGACGCAGACAAUAUGGUCAUUAUCCAUCCCGAUCAUCUCAUUUCCUCAACUGUUGUCGGAGAUUCCUUUACCUGUAUGCGGCGUGCCGUGCUCCAAGACAGGGUAAAAGCGACCAGCGCAGCAAGUCAGCCUCAGGUCUACGGCCACAUCUUGCACGAAGUAUUCGGACAUGCUAUGCGCAUAAAUAAAUGGGACAUACAAUCCUUCCGAGAGAUCAUCGACAAGAUUCUUCCGUCUUACAUCGAGUCGCUGUACGAGAUCGGCGUUCGACUGCAGGACGCAACUGAGUAUCUUCUAGGAAAGACGCCGGAACUGAUGGCAUGGGCUAGUGUCUUUGUUGGCGAUACUCUGUGUGCGGAUGCUCUCAUCCGUGACCGGAACGGCCUUCUUGUUCCCGCCACCAUUAAUAAGCUGCUCGAAGUCGAAGAACAUAUCUGGUCGCCUAUGUACGGUCUCAAAGGCAACAUCGACGCCACAGUCCAAGCACAGAUGAAGUUACCGAAUGAACGAUCAGCCAGGACUCUGCUAGUGCCCUUCGAGCUGAAGACCGGUAAGAAGGACAAUGUGGAGCAGCACCGUGUCCAAACAGCGCUCUAUACUCUGCUUUUGUCAGACAGAUACGAUAUCAAUGUGACUUGCGGCGUGCUCUACUACUUGGAGACUUCCAAAACAUACAGGGUUGAAGGCGUUAGGAACGAGAUACGCCAUAUGAUCAUCCAACGAAACGAGUUGGCGUGCUAUGUUCACGACAAGUUAGCUUUGCCACCCAUGAUCAAGAAGCAACACCUCUGCAAAAGCUGUUAUUCAAAGGCCGCCUGUUUCACAUACCAUAAGCUGUCCGAAAAUGGCACCGCAGAGACCAGUGGUCUGGGAGAGAAGUUCAACGAAGUUGUCGACCACCUGUCACCGGCCCAUCAAUCCUUCUUCAAGAAGUGGGACGAUUUGCUCACGAAGGAAGAGCGUGAUAGCAUGAAAUUCCGCCGCGAGCUUUGGACAAUGUUGAGCUCGGAGCGAGAGACACUUGGGCGUUGCUUCUCAGAAGUAGUCAUUCAGCCUGGAUCAGCCCUUGAAAAUCGCGAAGGCUCCAAGAUCAACCGAUUCGAGUACACCUUUAUCAAGCACAUGCACCGCCCCGGCUUCUCUUUUAGAGACUCACAGAUCACCACUGGAGAGCCAAUCGUCAUAUCGGAUGAGGAAGGACAUUUCAACUUUGCAGCCGGUUUUGUCACCAAUGUACAGCCUACUAGGGUCGUGGUAGUGGUGGACCGGAGACUUGAACGCGCACAAAAGAAGUUGACAGGCUUCGACCCCGUUACCAACCAAGUAUUCUCUGGUCAUAUCGAUGUGGCUUACGACGGCAACUCCCAGUCUUCGCAACCUGACGAACCCAUCCUCUACCGAAUCGACAAGGAUGAGUUUGCCAACGGCAUGGCCACGGCAAGGAACAACAUCCUUCGAAUGAUGGAAAAGGACCUCUGGCGAGCUCGAGAGCUUCGCCAGUUGAUCAUAGAGAACAAGCGUCCAGAGUUCAAGGUCACUUCAACCGCCUACACGCUAUCCGGACCCGCGUCACAACAGAAUCUCAACGUCGAUCAGCAACGAGCCAUUGAGAAAGUGAUGAGUGCCACAGAUUAUGCCCUCGUACUCGGUAUGCCAGGCACGGGAAAAACCACAACCAUCGCUCACAUCAUCCGCGCCCUUGUGUCUCAAGGCAAAUCAGUCCUUCUUGCAUCGUACACACAUACUGCCGUGGACAAUAUUCUGUUAAAAAUCAAGGACGAAAACAUCCCUGUGCUGCGGAUUGGAGCAGUCAACAAGGUGCAUCCCGCGGUGCAGUCGUUUGCCGACAUCUCAGGGAUUCCCAAACGCACAAUUGAAGAGCUCCACGUCUCCUGGCACGAAAGUAAAGUCGUGGCGACUACUUGCCUCGGUGUCAACCAUGGCAUUUUUAAUGCCCGGACAUUCGACUACUGCAUCGUGGACGAAGCCUCUCAAAUCACGUUGCCGGUGUGCUUAGGACCAAUUCGCAUGGCCAGAACUUUUAUCCUCGUGGGUGACCACUACCAGCUACCACCCCUGGUCCAAAAUAAACAGGCUCUGGAGGGUGGCCUAGACGUAAGUCUCUUCAAACUCUUGUCUGAUGCGCAGCCAGAUUCCGUGGUCAACCUGGAACACCAGUACCGUAUGGCACAGGACAUCAUGCUCCUGUCUAAGGAACUCGUCUACUCAGGUCGGAUCAAAUGUGGCAGUGAAGCCGUUGCCAGACGAAUGCUUGAAAUCUCAGACCUUGACGGUGGGAUGGCUAAGCAUCAUUUCACUGCUUCUUCGCUGGCAGGGGCAAGCAAUCACAGUACACAGACUAUCUGCCUGGCCAGCUCGAGCUGCUGGCUUCGAUGCGCGCUCUCACCAUCCUCUCGCUGCCUCUUCCUCAACACUGACGGCAUCACACCCAGAGGUACGUCACGAGAAACCGUGGCAGGUGCUCGAAUUACCAACACAAUCGAAUCGAUCCUCACCGCGCAGCUGGUCACCGCCUUAAUCCACUCUGGCGUCGCACCCAAUUCCAUCGGCGUGAUCACGUUCUACCGUUCCCAACUUGCACUCUUGAGGACGGACGUGAAAGCACUCGCCGGCUCUGUUGCGUCCAGCGAGGUGGAAAUGCAUACCGCAGAUAAAUAUCAAGGGCGAGACAAGGAGGUCGUGAUAUUGAGUUGCGUGCGAAGUAAUGAGAACAGCCAUGUCGGAGACCUUCUCAAAGAUUGGCGAAGGGUUAAUGUUGCAGUCACGAGGGCAAGGAGCAAGCUAUUGCUUAUUGGGAGUAGGAGCACUUUGGGUGGGAGUGGUGUGCCUAUCUUGGAAGGGUUGACAAGGAUUAUGGAAGAAAAGGGAUGGACACUAGAGUUGCCGGGUGAAGCUUGUGAGAUGCAUUACUUCGAGAGUGCGAUCACUCAGGCCAAUAACGGUAAUACGCAAAAGCACAGUGCUCCGGAACUCGUUGGCGCGGAGGAAGCGAGGAGUUCAGCUUUAGCACCAUCAGCAACGACGCAAAAAAGAUCGAUUCGGCAGAUGAGCGAGAAUAACCACAGCAAUAUGGGUCCCGAGAAGAAGCAGAAGCGAAGCCACUUCAGAAAGCCGGAUACGGUUGUGAGAGGAACUGCACUGGUUGGCCGCUCUGAAGGCGGCCUGGGGAAGUUCUUGGAUAAACGACCUCUCACGAGGGAUGUUUUACAUGAGCUCGCUGACGAAUACAUUGACAACGUGGUUCGCGACGGUUGUCAGAACGACUUGGACAAAGAGAACAUCUAUUUGGAUACAGAUAUGGAUAUGGACAUGGAAGCAGAUUUUGACUCUGCGGAUUUUGGAGUAUACUGA